CAACCCGCCACUUUGAUUUUCUUCAGUUUAACUCUAUGAUAUAAUCCAGAUAAGCAGUAUGCACUGGGAGAAAUCGCCACCAUCAGGCCUGGUCAGGUCCAGACCGUACCAAGGUGUUCGAGUCAGAGACCCGGUCAAAGAGCUGCUGAGGAGGAAGAGAAGUCUGGAGCUGCUGCACAGCACCAAGUCAGCGCCCCCUGCUGCGGAUGUGGUCACACACAACAACCAGUCAUCAUACACACAAGGCACGUUUGACUGUGAUGUUGCCGGCGGCUCCCCAGCUGAGUCGUCGACUGCAGUCUGUGAUGGAGGGCUGCAGUGUGCAGGAUGGAGACCUGCACCACCUGCCAGCAGCGCCGGCUUGCAGCCCCCUUUAACGCCCUGGUCUUCGUCUGACUACAACCAGCAGGACUCCUCAGCUCAGACUCUGACCUACCCAGCCACCCCCACCCUCACUGCUGAUGUGUACAUGCAGACUCUGUGCCCCAGCUACACCAUGCUGACCUACACACACACACCAUUGCUCACCAACUUUGGGACGAUCCCUGUGGCCCCUGCACCAGGUUCCCUCCCUCAGAUGGAUCUUUCAGACUCAGGGUUGACCUACCUCCCCUGGGCCCAGCCCAUCACCACCAUCUCUACCGUGCCGAACCCGGGAGUCCAGUUUGCCCCUGGCUCUGCAGCCCUGCCCGGGUCCCCUUUGGUCCACAUGCCCCUGUCUAUGUCUUUGACCACCAUGAUCCCUCAGCUGGAGGCUCAGGGUGUAGAUCCGCCUCAUCUGCAGAUACUGGACCUCCCGCAGCGUGCAGAACACCAGCUGGACCCUGAGCCACAAGACCAGUCUCUGGAUGAAGAUACAGAGGUACAACCGGAGUCACCGAACCUCCUGGAUAAACUUCUGGAGGAUCAAAAGGGUGACGACGAAGAGGAGGGCAAAGACUCGUUCAGCAGCUCGCUCUUCAUUCCAAACGUUUGAAAAUAUUUGUGUUUUUUCCAUAGAGUGCAACUUUUCUCAUUAUUUGUUUCUGAAGGGCUGCCAUUUAACCCUUUGAAACCUGGAGCGCCCUCACUUUUCUUGUGCGUCUUUCAGAAGACUUUUAUCAGUAUUUAACCCUUUGAACCUCGAUCAAAUCGGUGCGAUCUCUUUCAAAAACAUGGGGAGAAAAAAGACAAU